GGAUUUAUUACGUUCACAUAAUGAUGGGCGUAUUAAAUCUGUUAUUUGCAAUAUGGUUCUCUUUUUGUCGAAAUGUGUACGCUAAUGAGGUUGAUAGGCAUCAUAACGGUGUCUCUAAGCCCGUAGAGGUACACACACACUCUGUUGAUAAAGUGUCAAAACAUUCCGUAAAACAUGGCAAACGAUCGCAUGACAAGCACAGGGGUGGUAAUAAAUCUGGAAUACUGGCACAAAACGUAUCGCUAUUGGAGGCAGGGCCAUCAACAGUAAACGACAUCGCAGCCCAUGAAUCGGGAAAUAAACAAGGUGUGCUUGGUACAAGCACAGGAGCUAUUAGUACAACCGUUAAUACGGGUGCAGAAUUGCCUGUAUCGCCAAAUACAGUACCAUCCAACUCUGCAGCUACGACACCUGCACCAAGUAUAGAAUCUCCUAACACCGCGACACCUAAUGGCAAUUUGUCUGCUAGUGGAACCGUAUCUCAGGAUAAUCAAAAACCAUCAAACUCCAAGGGAUUUGCGUGCACAUACCUAUGGUUCCUGUAUGACGGUUGUGAUGACACUACUUCCAAUAACGACACGGUGACCGCUCCACAAAACAACGGAACAUCUAAUACAAACGAUGACGAUCUGUCCACGCCACCGGUUAUAUCCAAUACUUGUACUAUAUAUGGUACUACAAUAAUUUCCUUGAGCGACUUUAAGGAUGCUGAGGAAGGUGGUUGGAUUAUGAUCAGUGACUCGAAUACACCGAAGAUAACGCACAACAAACAGGUUAAUCUUGACAAGCCAGCUCAGCUGCCCCUUAAGGCUACCUUAUGCAAUGCCGCUAAUUACGAGGCUACAAUCAAACUCGGCGUGGACAGUAUCGGUGGCUUCAUUAUUCGAGGUUCUGAACAAGACUUUGUUGUGUUCGAAAUGAACACCUUGUCAAAAACUGCUACACUCAAAAGUGUAAACGGCGCUUAUCAAGAUAUAAUCACUGAGGUGUCUUGUGACCAAAUCAAUAGCCAAUUUGUCCAAAAAGUGCAAAUCAAUGACAGUGGUUACAAGGGGCAAAUUGAAAUACUCAUCGAUGGGCGUAAGAUCAUGAAUGUAACCCGUAUGCCAUACAAGACAAGUGGAUUCUUCGGAUUGUACAUAUCACAGGGCAAUGCUACAUUUGGAGAUAUUUCAGUUGUUCCCAUGAACUCAUGAAACAUACGCAUAAUAUUAUUC